AUGGCUUGCACACCUUUAUUAAGUGAAGAUGAUUUAUAUAGAUUUCGUACAAAACAAUGUUUAAGAUUAGCUAAGGGCUUAUGCGAAUUUGGAUUGGAUAGAUGUCAAUAUAGUCAUAGUACUGAAUGGAUUAGAAGGUGCCCAUAUUAUAUUUCUUUGCCGUCUUAUUUAAGAUACAUUCCAGUAUCUUGCCCUUAUUUUAUAAAAAAUAACAAUGAUAACGAAGAAGAUAAAGAAAAAAGAAAUAACAUUUUAAGGAAUUGUGUAUUUUUAACUAAUAAAGAUGGAAGUGUAAAUAAUAAAUUUUACAAGUAUAUUGAAGAAACGAAUAUUAAUAAAUGCCCUUUGGGUGUUGAAUGCCCUUUAGCACAUAGCAUAGACGAAAUUGAUUAUCAUCCUCUUGUAUACAAAACGAAAAGGUGUGAAAAUUAUAAACAAGCCAAUUGUAAUAGGUAUUACUGCCCAAAUUUACAUGGGUUAGCUGAGCAAAGAAAGAUAAAAGAAUAUUUUAUUCCAUUUUCUAAUAAGAUUGAUAUUCCACCAUACCCUAAUGUUACUAUAGUUAGCAAAAUUCAGUAUGGAUCAUUCAAAGGGCAAAAUCAAAUUUUAAAUAGUAAAAAAAAGUUAUCACAAAAUUUCAUUUCAUCUUCACUUGAUUACAGUUAUUCACCUAAUUUAUUAAAUGAAAAGUCAAAUAGAACUUUUGAUUUUAAGAGUAGUUCAAUCAGUUUACCUUAUCAAGAAAAUAAUAUAUUUGAGAAAAAUACGAAUGAUAUUAAAAGAAAUACUACUACUGCUUGUUAUGGAAGUUCAAUGUCAUAUGAAAGCACAUUAAAAAAAAAAAAAAAUUCUAUUUUUAGUUACUUAAACAAUUUUGAUAAUAAAUUUACCUUAUAUUUACAUAUUUUAAAAAAAUUUCCUUACCUCUUUGAUUUAAACAUAUCUGAUAUGAAUUCAAAUAACUCUUCAAUUUCAUGUAAUAAAACAGAAUUAUCAAGUCAUUUAGUUUUUGAUAAUGAAAAAGAUAAGUGUUGUGUAUCAGAUAUUACCGAUAAUAAUAAUAAUGUAGAAAAUUUUACUAAUGAAAGUAUUAACGAAAAUAAUUCAUGUAAAGAUGUUAUGAAUACAACAAAUGAUACACUUGAAAAAAAAACUGAAAAAAUUUUUUUAAAUAAUACAUAUUACGAUAUUCUAAAUCAUAUUUUUAAGAAAAACUUAGAAAUUACUAAAGAAAAAAUAAAAUAUGAGGAUAAUGUGGAAAUGAAUUUAAUAGAUGCAGAUAAUCAUCCUAAUAGUCCAACUGAUGAUACAGAUUAUGAACUUUUUACAAAAUAUGCAAGUCAGACUCUUAAUUCUCAAAAAAAAAUUGAAACAUAUGAUAGCGUUUUAAAUUUAUUAAGUUAUGUCUUAUGCCUACUUUAUUUCACAACUAAUUCAAGUACACAUUCAUCGUUUGAUAUAUAUGCACAUAAAUUAGCUAAGCAUUUACACUGUGUAUGCAGAAAAAUGAAGGAUACUGCCACAGCAAAUUACGUAAAUUAUAAUUUAGAAGAAUUAAUUUAA